AUGAAAUCAAGAGAUACCAUCUUCAUCGAUCCACGCUUCACACUUGGCGAUAGCUCGACGUUCUCUGCAGUAUUCACAGUUCCAGCCAAUGAGAAUCAUGACGCUUUGAAGCAGACGUUAUCAGGGAAGAAUGUGAUACCGGCGACACCGUUGGAGAUUGCGAUUAAUAAGAAACCUGGUGAAUUCCGUGACUACGAAUCGCUCCAGAAUCGUCUCGAAAUGAUGCACGACGUUGUCGACGGUCGACUCGCUGGAAAACUAGUCGCCAAAACCGAUGACUUCUGGCAAGUGGUCAGAUCGUACAGCGGUCUCCAGGAACAACUAGCGAACGCGUUGCAAUGUGUGAUGGUAGUGAGGCGAAACUUGAAGCAUGUCGACGAACUGGUGUGUGAUCAAUCGAAGAGAAUUGUGGAGGUUCAUGAAAAGUACGAGGAGAAGAAGAAUCUAUUGGCAAAGUUACAUGAUAUUUCGUGUCUUCGAGAAGCGCAAUCGACAGUUCAAAUGAUGUUAUCUCAAGGGGACUAUCCGAAAGCUAUCGAAUGUAUUGAGACGAGUUUAGAUGUGUUAUCUAAGGAGCUCAACGGUGUCACAUGCUUCAGACAUCUUGCUUCGCAGCUCCGCGAGCUCUACAGUGUGAUCGGGAGGAUGAUGAAUGAGGAUUUUGCAUCUCUUAUUCAAAAAGAGCUCGGCGUGAAACCAGAAGCGGGCACUCUGAUACAAGCUGAAGGGGAGCUCUCCGCAGUGCUCCUUGGACUGAUGAGAAUGCGGAAGUACUCGUUCAUCGGUGUACUUCGUGAGGAGAUUGUGGAAGGGGUGAAGAGUGUGAUGCGACACGUCAUCAAAAACCAGAUACUGAAUAGUGGAGUGGAUUUGAGUGAUUUUGAUCCGAGUCUGACGCAACUCGGCGAGCCGGUGAGGCGGAUGAAACAUUCGGACUUUUUGAAAACUGUCAGAGCUGUGAUGGAUGAGGAGUUCUACUUUUGUAAACGACUGGAAGCUCUUCAAGAUAUUCUGAUGGAAGUUGCGGAGCGAGCGCAUCCUUCAAAUCGACACGGAUCAUCCCAGGAUAUCAUUAUAGAGAGGCUGGAAGAGGCGAAGAUUGAUGAAUCGGAUUCUGAGGAUGAAACCUCAGAAGGAUCGAUUGGGAAGUCUACGGGGUCUGGAGGAUUCGUUAGUGGCUCCGCGGUGAGCUCCAAUGCGACAGCUACCACUUUGCUAUCGAUUGAAGUGCGUUCCGACGCUUUCUUGAAACGAGUUCUCCCACUGAUAGCAGAAUUUGGACAUCAAUGUGCUCAGCAGAGAAUUUCACGUCUUCUGAUGGCGAGAGCUAAGAAUUCAGCUGUCACCGAAGCGACCACGCCCACUCAACUCUCUGAAUGUAUAGCACUUGUGAAGGAGUAUCAAUCACAAUGUGAAGAGGAAGGAUGGUAUUCGACGCAGAGCCAAAAGGUUGGAGGAUUGGGAAGAGCUGUGAAUAAGCUCUCGAUGGAUUACAUUGAGAAAUUCCAUGCGGCCAGAAAGAUUCGAAUAGGGAAUAUGCUUGACACAGAGUUGUGGAAAGUGACGGAUGUAUCGAUUGUCGAUCAGAAUAUGGUGGAUUUGGCGAUUGAGACGGGCAGAUUGAGGAGUAGGAAGGGGAAUGAUGAUAGUGGGAAGAAGACGUUCAAAAGGACUGGAAGUAGUGCGACGAUUGAUUCAGGCACUUCGGUGUCGAAUCAAACUGGAAUUAUUGUCGAUGAGGAGAGCUUUGUAGUCGUAGGAUCCUCGAUCACAAUGAUUCAAAUUCUCGCCGACUACUGUGAAGCCAUCUUCGAGAUGCCAUCAUUCGCCCAAGACUGGAAUUCGCGGGUCGUCGAAUUGCUCAAAACUUUCAAUAGUCGUUGUUGUCAGCUGAUUCUGGGUGCGGGCGCCCUGCAAUUGGUCGGAUUGAAAACGAUUUCUGUUAGGAAUUUAGCUCUCGCUGGUCGCUCCCUUGAACUCGUGUGCCGUUUCAUCCCGAUGGUUCACGAUGAAAUGGAUCGAGUGCUUCCGGAAGAUCGAAAAAGUUUGCUUCGAUAUUUCAAAGGUGUCGAAAGUGAAUAUCGAGAUCAUGUCAAUGAAAUCUCUGCGAAAUUAAUCAGUGUCAUCGCCCACUACACGACGAAUUGUCUCGGAAUGUGGGAUGUGAAAGGGAACAUCCCAUCACCGGAAUUCCAGCAAAUCUGUCGUCAUAUGCUGAAAUUUCACAACGGAUUGACGGGUAUUAUGCCGAGAGAUCAGAUUGAGGCGUUGUUUCGACAGGUUCACGAGAAUUUUAAAGCCAACUUGAGGGAACACGUCACUGGAAUGGGUAUCACGCCGCAUGACACGCUGAAAUACGGAUAUGUGACUCAAGACUACAUGUAUUACCAACAAAACGUGAAAAACAUGGAGAGUUGCCGAAAUAUGGAACUCGAAUCACUCAACGAUAUAAUGUUCGAUUAG